AUUUUAAUCUGAUGAAUGCAAAUUCAUGAAUUUUAUAGUGUGGUUAAUUUUCAUCAAAUUGUGAAAAUUCUUGUCAGAAAACUCGAAAUCAAUACCUCCACUGCGAGCGCAUUAAAUUCCAUCUUUCAGCAAUGGGGAAUCCAAGCUAAUCAAAACCAAUGGAAUAUAAGCGGAGAGCUAUGCAGUGGAGCAGCACUCGGUUCAUCACCCGCUAUCGAAAUCCCGGAAUACAACCCUUUUAUCAAAUGCAAUUGCUCUGCCAAUAAUGGCACCACUUGCCACAUUACUGCGCUGAAAGUUUAUGAAAGAGAUGUUGUGGGUGUAAUUCCAGAUGAACUGUGGACUUUGACUUUCCUCACCAAUUUGAAUUUGCGUCGGAAUUACUUGACUGGUAACCUCUCUCCAUCCAUUGGCAAUUUAACUCGCAUGCAAUACCUGAGCGUUGGCAUUAACUCCCUGUCGGGUGAACUUCCUAAGGAACUUGGAUUGCUCACUGAUUUACGAUCACUUGUUUUUGGAUCAAACAACUUCUCUGGUCCUCUGCCAUCUGAGCUUGGGAAUUGUUCGAGGCUAGAAGAAAUUUAUUUUGGUAGCUCUGGACUUAGUGGUGAAAUUCCUCCUACAUUUGCUAACCUACGAAACAUGGUUACUGUGUGGGCACCAGACAAUGAACUUACAGGCAGGAUACUUGACUUCAUAGGGAAUUGGUCAAAGCUUGCGUCCCUAACGUUUCAAGGGAACUCCUUUGAAGGUCCUAUUCCAUCAGCAUUAUCCAACCUAACUUCUUUGAAAGAGCUGAGAAUAAGUGAUUUAUCAAAUGGAAGCUCUUCACUGGCAUUUCUUAAGGAUAUGAAAUCUCUAACUGUCUUGGUGCUAAGGAAUGAUAAUAUAUCUGAUUCAAUUCCAUCCAGUAUUGGAGAAUACCAGGAUUUGACACAUUUAGAUUGGAGCUUCAACAAUAUAAUUGGAAGGAUACCGGAUUCACUUUUCAAUUUGAGCCGGCUCUCUUUCUUGUUUCUUGGAAAUAACAAGUUAGAAGGUCCCCUUCCUGCACAAAAAGUUUCAUCGCUCCGAAAUGUUGAUGUUUCAUACAAUAAUUUAUCAGGGAGCCUUCCUUCCUGGGUUAAUAAUCGAAGAUUACAACGUGUAAGCUUCUUAGUUCCUCUGUUAAAUUUACAAGUUAAUUUAGUUGCAAACAACUUCACAAUAGAUCUUUCAAAUAGCGGUGGUUUGCCAUCAGGUCUGAAAUGUCUUCAAUGUAACUUUCCUUGCAAUAGGGAACCUCCAAUCUAUUCUCAGUUUGCAAUAAAGAGUGGUGGUCCACCGAUCACGUCUUCCGAUGGAAUCUUGUAUGAGGGGGAAAAUGAGACUCUUGGUGCUGCAACAUCUUAUGUUACUGGUACAAACCGAUGGGGUGUCAGUAAUGUUGGAUAUUUUACCGGAACCAAAAAUCCUCAGUAUACUGCUUCCUCAUCAUCGCAAUCCACAAAUACUUUGGACCCUGAGUUAUUCCAAACGGCAAGGGUUUCUGCUUCGUCACUAAGAUACUAUGGUUUGGGGCUUGAGAAUGGCAAUUACACUAUCAACCUUCAGUUUGCAGAAAUAGUAAUUGAGGAUGGUAACACAUGGAGGAGUCUUGGGCGGCGUGUUUUUGAUGUUUAUGUCCAGGGCAAUCGUGUGCUAAAGGAUUUUGACAUAAGAAAGGAGGCAGGUGGAGUCUCUAAACGAGCUGUAGAAAGGAGCUACAAGGCUCAGGUGUCUGAAAAUUACCUUGACAUCCAUUUAUUUUGGGCGGGGAAAGGGACUUGCUGCAUUCCUUCUCCGGGUACAUAUGGACCUUCUAUUUCAGCAAUCAUUGCUACCCCAGAUUUCAUACCAACUGUUAGUAACAAGCCUCCAACUAGUAAAAAGGAUAGGACUGGUCUUAUUGUGGGAAUUGUUGUUGGCAUUGGAGUAGCAAGCUUUCUUCUUGUCUCUCUGGUUUUCUUUGUCAUUCAAAGAAGAAAAAGGCAAAGCACUUAUGAUGAUGAAGAGCUCCUAGGUAUAGGUGCUAGGCCAUACACUUUCAGUUACACUGAACUGAAGACAGCUACAGAAGACUUCAGCCCUGCCAAUAAGCUUGGAGAGGGAGGAUUUGGACCUGUGUAUAAGGGAGUACUUAAUGAUGGGAGAGUGAUUGCUGUGAAGCAACUUUCUGUGGCAUCCCACCAAGGAAAGAGCCAGUUUGUAACAGAGAUUGCUACUAUAUCUGCCGUGCAACACCGCAACCUUGUGAAAUUGUAUGGGUGCUGCAUUGAAGGGUAUAAUAGGCUACUUGUUUAUGAGUACCUUGAGAACAAGAGUCUUGAUCAAGCGCUAUUUGGAGAAACAAGUUUAUAUCUCAACUGGCCUACACGUUAUGAAAUAUGCUUGGGAGUAGCCAGAGGUCUAGCUUAUCUUCAUGAGGAGUCGAGGCUUCGGAUUGUGCAUAGAGAUGUGAAGGCAAGCAAUAUUCUGCUUGAUUCUGAGCUCAUCCCGUUCUGA